AUGUUUGUAUGUAUAAUACUAGUGGCAGUUUUUGCCACAAUCGCUGUUGACAUCCGAGGGCAGUCAAUCGUGGGGUUUACGACUGGUAGAAGUGAUAGCCCAUGUGCAGGAUACUGCGACGGUACUGUUCUUAUCCAGCCAUCAACCAUCUCUACAUGGGAGAGUAGCACGGCGACUAAAAGCGCAUUUCCUGAAAUCCAACAGCAAUACAAUGUCAAUUCUAUUGAUUUCACUGAAUUGAAUGCACGGGUAGGUAACCUUUCAGCCUGGCAAGCAUUGCCUAUAACGAUUGGAUGUCUGAGCUGUGAUGGUCAAGGUUUCGAAUUCCUGGGUAUUCUCACCGACAAUCAGUUAAAGUACAGCGUUAUGUUUGAGUACAAUUCAACAAUACCGGCUUUGAAUCAUUUGUCAGUCUGGCCCGAGCCAUUCGUGAACAAUACAUCCCUUCAGGUGGUGCCUCCACGUGUACGUGUACAAAUCAAAAUGCAAUUGCAGACUGAUGAAUAA